CACGUUUUACUUGCCAGCAAGCUGUGUGCGCUUGAAUGAAGCGAAUAGCUACUCGAUUGAAAAGUUCUUCGGUCACCUCUAUGGCUGAUUGGCCCGUUGAGAAGUGUACGGAAGUUCCAACACGACUGGAGGGUAUGGUUAGCAUAAAGCGAAGAAAACGGCGGGUCAUCAAUAUAGCACGAAAGUUUUACGCUGUACUCGAUAAAGGAAUUCUUAAAUUGUUCGUUAAGAAGAAAGUUGGCAUUGCUCCAAAUCCAGAGUUCCAAGUUGAUCUUGCAAAGGUCGCCGUCAUGUAUGACGAGAAACGCAUUAUAUUACACUUCAAAAGUGCGAACGAGACUCAUACUUUGACACCGUUGGAAUUCACACUGGAUCAAUGGAAAGAUGCCAUCUGCAAACAUCGCUUGCAUCGACAAGAAGCAGUAGCGAAAGGUCUGCAACCUGACAGCAAUCAAACCUUAGAAGCGUCAUCGGUUAGGCAGAGAAGUGAUGAGAAAGGAUGGGAGUCACAAGUAGGCAAUAAGAUGUUUGACGAAGUGCAUCAGAUGCAAGGGCUGACCUUGGAAGUACUGGAGAAACUAACAAAAACUUAUGAGGAGAUGCAAAAAACUAACGAGGAAAUGAAAGAGACUUUGAAGAACGUCCGAGAUACAUUUGGAAAGUCGACAAUGACGGAGUCAUCGUCUGUUUGGACGACAGCUACGACCACCGGAACUCCUUCCACAUUUCCGAGAUCAAAUAUAACAACCACUGGGAAGAGCUCUAAAUCUGGUACUAGCACUGAGUCCAAAGUAGCAGAGUCCGGUUCAGAAGAAGAGGAAGAUACUGGCGGCCAACGGAAAGGACAAAAAAAUGGAUAA